AUGUCGCCGGCGAUGACAACCACGGUGCCCGCCGACGACGUCGACGACGGGGUCCAGUACUCGUUAGCCGUGGAAUACAACGGACCGCCGCCUGCCUACGAUCUUCCCCGGGCGGUGCCGGUAAGCGUAGACGGGAUUCCGGUGGCCACGGUGGUUGCGCAGGUGCCUUUCUCCGACGCUCUGUCUUUGCCGGUUGUGCAACCGCUCUCGUCGCCUGAGCUCAAAACGCUUGCCUCCGGGACCGCGGUUUCUCCCACUUCGGUGAUUGCCUUUGACCGGAGCAACGACGGCGGUGCCGGUUCCGGGAGAACAACGGUGUCUCCGGCGUCUGUGACGGCCUUUGAAGACGGAGCCGCAGAGAGCAACGGUGGUUGCGAGUUAUCGAGCGAGUUGAGUAGCUCGAGUGCGUUGUUGUUAAGGAAUUCGAACGGUGAGAAAGAGAGUUUGGAUUUCAACGAUUUGAGCCAACGAGAUUGGGCUUCAACGUUGAGUUCAGAUUAUCCAUCGUCGCAGGUUUCUUCUUUAAAGAACAACGAACCUGAAUAUGAUGUUAAACAAGAACACGUUUUGACUUUCGGUGUGGGAGGUUCAGACGAUGAAGAAUGCGAACCGGAGGAGACAGGAACCGGACCGGUUAAGAGAGAGGGUAAGAAAUUUUCGUGCUACCGUUGCUUAAAGGGGAAUAGGUUAACGGAGAAGGAGGUUUGUUUUGUUUGUGGUGCCAAGUAUUGUGGGAAUUGUGUGCUGAGAGCUAUGGGUUCAAUGCCUGAAGGUCGUAAAUGUGUUAGUUGCAUUGGUUACCCAAUUGACGAAUCUAAAAGGGGGAGGUUGGGGAAAUGCUCUCGGAUGCUAAAGAGGUUGCUUAAUCACUUGGAGGUUCGACAGAUAAUGAAGGCUGAGAGGUUUUGUGAAGUGAAUCAGCUUCCACCUGAAUGUGUUUGUGUGAAUGGAAAGCCUCUUUCUUUUGAGGAACUUGUUACCUUGCAGAACUGUUCUAACCCUCCGAAGAAGCUAAAGCCAGGAAACUAUUGGUAUGAUAAAGUAUCUGGUUUUUGGGGGAAGGAAGGAGAGAAGCCUUGUAGAAUUAUUAGUGCCCAUAUGAAUGUUGGAGGUCCCAUCAAACCGGAUGCUAGCAAUGGAAACACGCAGGUUUUCAUUAAUGGCCGGGAGAUAACAAAAGUAGAGCUUCGGAUGUUGCAGUUGGCAGGAGUUCAGUGUGCUGGUAACCCACAUUUUUGGGUUAAUGAGGAUGGUUCAUACCAAGAAGAGGGACAGAAAAAUACAAGAGGGUGUAUAUGGGGAAAGACUGGAACGAAGCUUGUAUGUGCCUUCCUGUCCUUGCCAGUUCCUUCUAAAUCUUCAAAUUCUUGCGGGUUUCUAUCCUCCAAUGUGGUUACCAGAACGGUUCCUGACUACCUCGAGCAUGGAAUAGUUCGGAAGCUCCUCUUAAUUGGUUACAGUGGUUCAGGAACAAGCACCAUUUUUAAGCAGGCCAAGAUUCUUUACAAAAGCACCCCCUUCUCAAAAGAAGAACGUGAGAAUAUAAAAUUUACCAUUCAGACCAAUGUCUAUGCCUAUCUUGGCAUACUCCUUGAGGGUCGUGAGCGUUUUGAAGAAGAAAGUCUGGGGAAUUUAAAGAAAACUCAAUUUUCUGUUCUUGACAGCACAGGAGCUAGUCCAAAACUUGGCGACAAGACGAUUUACUCCAUUGGCACAAGACUGAAAGCAUUCUCUGAUUGGCUGCUGAAAACUAUGGUUUCAGGCAAGCUUGAUGCUAUCUUUCCAGCAGCUACCCGUGAAUACACACCAUUGAUAGAGGAACUGUGGAAUGAUGCAGCCAUUAAGGCCACAUAUGAAAGAAGAAAUGAAAUAGAAAUGCUACCCACGGUUGCCAGUUAUUUCUUAGAGCGGGCUAUUGAUAUAUUAACGACUGAUUAUGAGCCCUCGGAUUUAGAUAUCCUCUAUGCUGAAGGAGUUACUUCAUCCAAUGGGCUAGCUUGUGUAGAGUUUUCAUUUCCUCAAUCAGCUCCUGAGGAAACUAUCAACACUGCUGAUCUACAUGAUUCUUUGGUUAGGUAUCAACUAAUUACAAUACAUGCAAAAAGGCUAGGAGAAAAUUGCAAGUGGCUAGAAAUGUUUGAGGAUGUUGGAAUGGUCAUCUUCUGUGUUGCCUUGAGCGACUAUGAUCAGUUUUCUGUUGACGGAAAUGGUUGUCUCACAAACAAGAUGAUAUUGAGCAGGAGAUUUUUUGAAACUAUAGUUACUCAUCCAACUUUUGAGCAAAUGGACUUCCUGUUGAUAUUAAACAAACUAGAUGAGUUUGAGGAGAAAACAGAACAAAUUCCACUGACUCAGUGUGAGUGGUUCUCUGAUUUUCAUCCAGUAAUUAGCCGUCAUGGCAUUGGCAGCAACAGCAUUAAUAAUAACCCCUCUUUUGGUCAUCUGGCUUCCCAUUACAUAGCAGUUAAGUUCAAGAGGCUCUAUUCCUCUCUUACAGGGCGAAACUUGUAUGUGUCCUUGGUGAAGGGUCUGGAACCUGGUAGUGUUGAUGCAGCACUUAAUUAUUCAAAAGAGAUUUUAAAGUGGAACGAAGAGAGACCAAACUUUAGCAUAAGUGAUGACUCGAUGUAUAAUACUGACGCGGGUUCAUUCUCUCAUUGAUUCCUAGUUCAGACAAGAUUCUGGUUCAUGUACAUACAUUGUUAACUAGGAGCAGUAAUAUGGAAGCACAUUUUUUCCAUAGGCUAUCGAGUUGUAAUAUGCACUAGACACCUGUAGUCUUCACGCUGUUAGGGUAUGUUAGCAGAUGCCACACAGAUCAAGAUGUAAUGUUCAAAUUCAUUUUUUCACAUGACGAGGGCUAGUAAUGCCCAUAGAGUCUCUAGCUAAAAGAGGAC